AGUUCCCAGCACCCAACAAAGCUGGUAAGUAAGAAACCUUUAAUUAGUGCUGCUGCACCCAGGAGAUACCAUGAAAGGCUUCCGAACACAAGCAAACCUGCUUGGGGUGUGAUGAAAUGUUCAGUGUCAAGGUGACAACACAGCAAACAAGUAUGUCUCAAGUAGAAAGGUAUAAAGGUGUGGAGAAGGAGUAAAGGUCUGCCAUGUUUUUCUCAUCCUUGAUUUUUUGUGGCUUCACAGUCAUUCAUGCUGCACUUUUGGCUGAACAGAACAAAGAUGUCAUCUUGCCAUGUUCUUUCACACCUGGGGAGAAUGUAGUAAUUCAUUGGACAACUAAUGACAAUAAAAAUGUGCACUCAUAUUAUACAAAAGAAAACCAACUGCAGAGUCAGGACAAGAGCUAUUCUGGAAGAACGUCCCUGUUUCUAAGUGAAAUAAGUAAAGGAAAUGCUUCGCUGCUAAUAAGGGACUUGAAGAAAAGUGAUGAAAAUACAUAUAACUGCUACAUGUCAACAAAUGCUGGAAAGAAAGAAGAUAAAGUGACUUUGCAGGUUAUAGCUGCACUUUUGGCUGAACAGAACAAAGAUGUCAUCUUGCCAUGUUCUUUCACACCUGGGGAGAAUGUAGUAAUUCAUUGGACAACUAAUGACAAUAAAAAUGUGCACUCAUAUUAUACAAAAGAAAACCAACUGGAGAGUCAGGACAAGAGCUAUUCUGGAAGAACGUCCCUGUUUCUAAGUGAAAUAAGUAAAGGAAAUGCUUCGCUGCUAAUAAGGGACUUGAAGAAAAGUGAUGAAAAUACAUAUAACUGCUACAUGUCAACGGAUGCUGGAAAGAAAGAAGAUAAAGUGACUUUGCAGGUUAUAGAUCUUCAACAUACAAUGGAGUAUACAUGGGAUGGUAAUGGUCUGCUGAACCUCACAUGCUCUGUUAAUACCUCCUAUAUGGAGGGCAUUACUAUAAAGUGGUAUGAGAAUGGUCAAAUGGUUCAUGAAGAUCAAAGCACUUACAGUUCCUAUACUGUCCAAAAUGAUUCUGUAACUUGCACUAUAGAUCACUCCAUUGUACAUAGUAGCUGGACAGGUGCCUGGACAAUGAAGGAACGCAUCUUAAAAAAAGAUGACAAUAUUACAUGUGGAUGCACUUUUUGUAAAGGUGUAAGCACUGAUUUCUACUCUAGCUGGUAUUUCAGAAAAGUAACAAAUGAAGUGCCAAUAGCCUCCAUGAACAAUUCACCACCUGUGAUAUCUACAGAUUAUAAGAACAGGGUACACAAAGAUGAGAACGAAAAUCUGAAUUUAACCAAUCUUAGAGCAAAUGAUACUGGGAUCUAUAUCUGUUUAAUUAAGACAGAACAGAAGAUGAAUAUAGUGAUGAUCAAUAUGACAGUCGAAGGAACUCGCCAGAGAUGGGCAAUCUCCCUAGCAGUUAUUCUAGUCGUCAUUUGUCUUGUAUUACUUAUAAUCAGUCGAAACAGAAACUAGACAGAUACAGGAUGAAGGAGUUCGGAACAAUCACAAAAAACAGCUUUAGAAGAUAUUGGGGCCGACUCCUGACAGGUAUCCUGCAGGAAUGUUGGAUCCUGUAGGCAAAAGUAACAGCCGAAGAGCCAAAUGAAAGAGGUCUGCGCCUAUCAAGGAUAUUUAAUUAUUUGCACUUGGUUUCCAAAACCCUCAUUCAAGACUGCAUAAAAAAUACUGUUUGUGAACAUAACAAGGUGAGGGGGAAUUUCCAAUCCAAUGACUGUGACAAGAUUACCAAUGUGGAGCCACAAUACUUAAAGUUGCAUUUCUGUAUAAACAGGAUUUCUACCAAAGAAUAGUGUUGGGCGCGAAUAUUCGAAUAGCGAAUAUUAAUUGCGAAUAUCGGCACUUCGAGAAUUUGCAGAUAUU